CACAGUUUGGAAGAGCUUCCCAGCAGAAGGCACAACAAUGGAAUAUCUGCCGACACAGGGACCUGCCUGUGGUGAAGUGGGAAGAAGAGGGUCCUCAGAGUAUGUCCUUUGAUGUCUAACCUGCUUUGCCACUGGGAACUGUUAUAGGAUGGGAGACCACACCUGGCCUUGCCCCUCUCAACUACUCUCGUCUCCCAUGGCAGGUCCUAUUCAAAGAAAAUGUAUCCAUUUCUGUUGGUUCUUCAGUGAAAAUCAAAGGGACACCUAUCAUGCCUUUCUGCAUGACCCCAGAACUGCAGGUGGAUUUCUUCACUGCAACUAAUGAGGACUCAGACAUCGCCUUCAGUCUCCGAGUGUACUUUGGCAAAGAGCUGGUGAUGAACAGCCGUCAGGGUGGGAAGUGGGGUCCAGAAGUGAAAUCCACUGAUAUGCCCUUUAGGGAUGGCCAACCCCUUGAAGUGGACAUCUCUGUGCUGUCAGACAAGUACCAGGUAACAGCAAAUGGUGCCAAAUCUUACCCUUUUUCCCAUCAAGUUGACUCAGCAUCUGUGAGGAUGAUCCAGGUGUGGAGAGAUGUGUCCCUGACCUCAGUGGAGAUUAUCCCUUAGAGAAGGGUGUGACCAGACUCCCCGUUGUCAAGGAGAUCCCUCCACCUAAGUGAUCCUGUGGUUCCCAGAGCUCACUAACAACAUGGGUUCUCACCCUUCCCCCACACUUGGUCAUUAAAACUCCUGAAAACAUAA